CACACAUCUCCCUGUAUGGCGUUAUGGAGCCCCCCAGCUGCAGUUUGGUGCUUUCAGAGCAGGCUGAGCUCAGCAGAGCCGGGAUCUGUGUUGUGGUGGGGCUCAUCUGCAUCCCCCAGCACAGGAGGAACGUAGAGCAGCUGGAGCAGGUCCAUGACAAGUGCUCAGUGCUUUAAGGUCCUUUUCAACCCAAAGCAGGUCUCAGUUAAAAUGGGAGCUGCUUUCAGCUGUGGUUCUUUCUAAGUUGUUCUUGCUGCAGGAAGCCCUGGGUAUCUAUAAGCACAGUCCUUCCCCCUGAGGAGAUCACGGGGCCUGGCCUGCAGCCCGGCCCAGUUCUGCCUGUUCCUCUUUCCAUAGCGCCUUAGUUUUUGCAUGGGUAAGGAGUAAAGCGUAAGGUUUGCUCUCCUGCUCCAGGCUUUUCCUGCACCUCCAGGAGGCCUCAUUGAGACCUUUACACCCUCUGUGCACAAACACCCCCAUUCUUUUGGGGGGAGGCUGAUCCGGCCCGGCCGCAUGAUCGCAGUCAGGUGACGGCACCGAGCACAACAGCAGCACAACAGCAGCGUGCAAUAAGCAGCUCAGUGCAGGAGAUCAGCUGCUGCCCCGGCCCCGCUGCUGGAGCGCAGGGAAAAUGAGCCCCUGGUCCCCUCCGCUGCUCUGGAGCUUGGCCACGGCGUGGCUGACAGGUAUUGCUUUAGGCCAGACAACCACCACUCAGACCCGUGUUGCAUCAACCCCGCUACUCCUGAGUGCUGCUACCCCCCAAGUCCCUGCUGCACCAUCCCCAACGUCUUCUAUUGCCCCUGCGACCUCAGCCCCCACAUCCCCACCUGCUGCUGGGACACUCUCAGCUGGAACAGUGACCAACGUCACCACCCCUACAGCUGCACCACCUGCUGUCUCAGGCACAAACCCUCCCUCUCCAGCUCUGCCCAGCACCCCACACAUCACCGCUCUCACCUCUGGGACUGCAACCACCCCCCACGUACCCACAGCUCCGAUGGCCACAUCCAGGGCCGCCCCUCCACAUGGAACUGCAUCUCCCGGGGUCCCAUCAGUGGCCCCAUCCCUCAGCACCACUGAGCCCUCAAACUGCAGCGGAGUGAACGUGACAGCGUGUGCUCCUUGCUCCCCAGGGACCAUUCCCAGCAAUGACACCUGGAGCUGCUCGUGCUGCACGGAGGGCUCAUGUGUGGACCCCAGCACCUGUGCUCCUUGCCCAGUGGGGCACUACCAGCCUGCGAUGGGGCAGCAGCAGUGCCUGCCGUGUCCAAAGGGGAGUUACACCAACACUACGAGGAGCAUCAUGUGCUCACCCUGCCUGCCCGGCCACUAUGCCAACGAGUUGGGAGCCACAGCCUGCAGCGUGUGCCAGAAAGGUUAUUUUAGCUCCCAGCAAAAUGCAGCUGUUUGUCUGCCUUGCCUGCCUGGAUCGUUCUGCAACUCCACCGGCUGCUCGCUGUGUCUGGCCUGUCCUGCUGGGCAUGAGGCUCCACGUGAGGCUGCUGAGGAGUGUUUGCUGUGCCGGGCAGGUACAUUCAAAGGUCCGGGUGAUGCCGCCUGCAAGCCCUGCGAGCCAGGGGAAUACCAGCUGCAGCGGGGCCAGGACAGCUGCGACCUGUGCCCAGAGAACCACUACUGUCCUAGCCCAGAUGUGAACCCAAUCAAGUGCCCUCCCGAUGCCUUCUGCCCCAUGGGCAGCACAGCACCCCAGUACUGCAUGGAGGUCUUCCUGUACAAGGUGGGCAGCUCCUGCCAGCUGACACCGCUGGUGAUCGUCCUCCUGGCCCUCAUCUCAGCAGGUGCGAUUCUUAUCAUCUUCGUACUAAUCCUGAGAAGAAAGCAAGCAUACAGCACAAAGUCAUUGAAGUCCCUGCUGCUACCACGAGGAUCAGAGCAGCACGCGACGUAUGGAGUGAUGGAGCACACGGAGCCGGUGUAUGCUGGCUGGUAGAGGGAGAAAUGCAACCUGCAAGCACUGUGUUCCCUUAGCAGCCAUGUGCAUUGCCCUGCUGAUGUUCUACAUGAAAUGGACUGAACAGCAGAAGCGACCCCUUUUAAUUCCCAUCUCCACUCACAAUAAACAUGUUUUUUUUCCCCUUUCCUUAAGAAACUUCAGCAGUCAGCUCAACAGCUGGAGCAAAGAGCAGCUGCUGCAGAUACUGGGGUUCCCACAGCACAAUUGUUUCUACCCAAGCAGGAACCAACACGAAUGUUAAAUGUUCUUCCUUUGAGGGAUAUGCACAUUUACUUAUUUAUUUGCCACUCUCAACACUUCACACUAUACUUGAAAUCGAGGGUCAAACGAAAAAAGGAAUCCCAAAACUUUCCCCUUCCUAUCAACUGUGGGAAAACACGUGCGGCUGAACUUAUGGCUGGUUCCCAGACAAAUAUGUCCCUUCUGUUUCCUGCUGUGGUCUCUGAUGCUUUGCUUCAUAUUACUCCACAGAGCUACAGAAGCAACACCUUCCUCCUCCUCCUCCAGUGAAAUUCAUUCCCAUACCAGGCAGGCUGCAAAGCCCUGCUCAGCUCAUCCAGCUGUGAUGCUUCCACAGUGCUGUGCUUCAUCAGCUCUGAGAGCCCUGGUUAAAAACAGUACUUACUAUUAUGAGAGCUGUGCUUUCAAGUGAGUGUGCGCGGAGGUGGAAGCAGGUGUUACUUCUCACUGGAGUCCUUUCCCUGAGCUAAAGCAGCAGCAGCCAGCUGAAGGAUCCCAGCUGCUGGGGGUUAAGUGGCCGCUGCCCUCUGCUGCUCGUUCUUCUCACCCCUGGGGAGGUCGUUGUGCUUUUCAAGAAAAAGGAAAUAAACAACCAAAAAAAAGCAGUUCUCUGAUCUGUUACAGAUGAGUAAAUGGACAGGAAGAGAGGUGCGUUAUCCUCUGUGGUAAGCAAUGAUGCAGCUGGUAACCCUGCCACCUGCAGCAGCAGCAGCGUGGACCGAUCACACACCAAGCUCAGUCCCAUCCCAAGGCCCUUUCUGCCCUCGGUCUCAAUAUUCCCACUGAAAUCUGGUUACCUCCCAUCCUCACGCUUUGUUCUUUUCUUCCCACCUCCUCCUCACUCCCAGCAACCUGCUUGAAACGCGCUGGCUCUCAGAAUCCCCUGUUUGCAGCAGCAACCGCCUGGGGACAGGAUGGGGCCCUCACCUUGUGGCUUAAGUGGCUGCAGGAGAUGAUGCUCAACACCCUCUUCUGUUCUUUCAUCCUGAGAGCUGGGGGACAGGGUGUGCACAGCCCCUCUGCCGGGCUCUUAGAUGCUGUCCAUAGCACGCAGGCACUAAGUUUCUCAGUGGGCACGGUCAGGGCUUUCUGCAAAAGCAGCAAAAAGGAUGGAGUCCUGAUAUCAGCAGAACACUAAACCAACAGUGCUAAAGCAUACUUCUGAUUUCCUCUUAAAGAAGCACAGCUGCAGUCAGGCACAGAAAUUCCACCCAUGAAGGAAACCAGUGCUGACCUAAAACCUGGCUGAGAAAGAAAAAUGUGGUUGAAUUAUAACCUGACCAAACAGGAACAGCAGCAUCGACAGCUGAAUGGAGCCGGCAGGACGGCGUGACUGCAGCUCAAAAUACUUGAAGUCUGUGAAACUCUGAGUAAGAGGAAACAGCACUGAAGAGGACUGCAAGAAAAAAAAGACUUUUCUAUGGUAAGCAACGCUGCGGAAACAAGCUGAAAUAAAUACAGUCAUUAUCACCUCCACGUGAGCUUAAAGUAUCAUUUCCAGUGAGUCUCUGAGGAAAUGGCAGAGUGCAGGUUUGCACUAUGAAAACACCCAGUUCUUUCACUUGCAGACCAUGCUCAAACAGCAUUCAAUUAAAACAUACGGUAAGAAACAAAACCCCAAUGUAAAAUACUGCAGAAAUAUCUAUACAGAUCUGCUUUUCCCACAGAAAGAAUGAGCAACUUCUAGUUCACAGUCUUUUUGUCUGAUGUGAGCUUCCAUUGGCCAAGCAGCUUAGUAGCAAAGAGCAGAGAAGAGGUAGAAGGAAGCAGAAAGUCAAACAGCCGCUGGCUAAGAUCUGUUUGUGUCAAUUGACGUUAUGAAAAGAGCGCCCAGAGAAAGUUCUUUGAACACUGAAGUCUUUAUUUACCCACAGACAGAUACAAAAGGGGUGGCUGACCUGCAUCCUGCUGUACUAAAUGUGCUUGUGGCCCCACCUACCAGGAGGGCAGGGGGCUGUAGGCUCCACAACCGAUCUGAGAACCGAUGGUGUUUCUGCAGCAGUGACAAUCGGUAACUAUUGGAGCUGGUGGCUUCUGGAAGGGGGAAAUCUACCUAUUAGGACAUUGGGAACAACUGUUCCAGGGCACCAGAGUCUAUGUACGAAGAGAAAAAACAAUGAAACAACUACAGAUUUAACAAAUUAUAAAAACAGUGGAAUGUAAAGGUAAGAUUUUAUAAUAACUUAUUUAAAGGUAUCCUUAUAAAGUCUUCCUUACAUGGUAUAGCAUUCAAACAAAUAAUGGUCCCAAUGACAUACAAUUCCUUCAUUUUGUUUCAAAGCAAUGAGGAUCAUCUUUCUAAUUUACUACCUGAUCUCACUUUCCUGAAGAAGCAAUAGAAAUGUACACAACACCUUUUUUUUUGGUUUCCACUUGAGGCACAGGCCUACGCUUCACUCCUGGCAUAACAAAUAUCUACAGAAGAGGGUAAAUCUCCCUCCAACUCAACUAAGAAAUCUUCAUUGUUUCCUUGAGUGCAAGGCUUGGCAUACCAGCUUAAAAACACAAACAUGUAACACUUCCCCCCCCCACCAUCGUUUUGAACUGAGCUGUUUUUUCCAUAAUUAUUGUUAUAGAAUUAUUUGGGAGGGGAAAAAAAAAAAACCAACACUUUCCAACAGUGUUUAUAGAAUGGAUUAAAACUAAAAAAAAACAAACAACCAUCUGUUGGCUUACAAAA